AGAAAAUAAAACAAAGUCUAUGAUGUUUGAAAGUCCCCAGUCACUCAGCCCCACCACUCCAUAAUCACAACCAGAAGAAAAAGAAGAAAGAAGAAAUAAGGGGCAAAAUGUAAACAGAAAAACAGUUGUCUCUUUUGCUCUACCCAUUCAAUCUUUCCCCAUUUUCUUUCCCCAGAUCCAAUGCAACAAAAUCUCAACUUUAAACCCAUAUAUCUCUCUCCCUCUCAUUUCCCUAAUUCCAAUUUCCCUCAUUUCAUAAUCUGAAACCCUAGCACUAAAAAUCCCCCUUUUUUUGUUCUCACUAUUAAACCCUAAUUUGCAAAUUCUCUACCCUCAUUUCACCAACUUCUCUUCUUGAUUGAGGGGUUUUACACCCAAUUUCGAGAUAAGUUGGAAUUUUUACUUAAAUUGUCGGUUUAAAAGUUCUCUUUUUUGUUGAGGGUUUUCACAGCCAAUUUCGAGAAACUUAGGAAUUUGAGCUGAAUUGUCAGUUUGCAACCCUAAAUUUUAGGAAAAUGGCUACAAGGGGAGGCAGAUCAGAGAAGGUGAAGAGAAUAUUCACGCAAUUCGACGUUAACGGUGACGGUGGUCUUAACCGUGAGGAAAUGGCAGCGCUAGUGGUCGCCGUAAACCCUAGGGUUAAAUUCAGCGACGAGCAAAUCAGCGCUAUUCUCGAUGAGGUUUUCCGUACGUACAGCGAGUUUAUCGACGGCGACAAGGGCCUCACCUACGACGGCCUUUUACGUACCUAUGAUGACGGCGCCGGUGACGUGGAUCGUGACUUCGACGCGCUUGGGCUCGAGUUUAAGCCGGAGGACAAUAUUGGAAGUUCCAUGGCUGCAGCGGAAGAAGCAUCAUCAUCGUCAAUUGUGGAUGAUGAGAGAGUGAUGGAGCCUCACAAGAAACUGCGGACUGCGGCAUGGGCAGCCUCUCCAAAUCACGGCAUUGUGUUUGAUGACACGUGGAAGCUCGUGGAUGACAUUGAGAUAUUGAUCAAGAGGCUUAAAUCAAAACAGGCGAAAGACGGGAAGUUAAAGAAUGAUAAUUCUGAUGUGUAUUCGGAAGGCUGGUCGAGAGAAUUAGGACCCUCGACUGAGCUUUCGGAUAAACGGGUGGUUUGGGAGGAGACUGGACAUGACUAUAGUGUGUUUGUGAAGGAGUUGGGUGUGUUGAGGUCGAGGGCAGAUGGGGCAAGGUCGAGGGAAGAAGCUUUUGAUGGUCACAUGGCAAUUGGUAGAGUUUUGUAUGAUCAGCAUUUGUUUAAGGAAGCACUAGUUAGCUUUAAGAGAGCUUGUGAAUUGCAGCCUGCUGAUGUUAGGCCACAUUUUCGGGCUGGAAAUUGUUUGUACGUGCUCGCGAGGCAUCGUGAGGCAAAAGAGGAGUUCUUGCUUGCAUUGGAGGCUGCUGAAGCUGGUGGUAGUCAGUGGGCUUAUUUGCUUCCUCAGAUUCAUGUGAAUUUGGGUAUUGCUCUUGAAGGUGAAGGUAUGGUUAUUAGUGCCUGUGAACAUUAUAGAGAGGCUGCUAUUUUGUGUCCGACUCAUUUUAGAGCUUUGAAACUUUUGGGUAGUGCGCUUUUUGGUGUGGGUGAGUAUAAGGCAGCUGUUAAGGCAUUAGAAGAGGCUAUUUAUAUGAAGAGUGAUUACGCUGAUGCGCAUUGUGAUCUUGCUUCUGCAUUGCACGCGAUGGGUGAUGAUGAUAAUGCAAUUAAGGAGUUUCAGAGAGCUAUUGAUUUGAAACCUGGUCAUGUUGAUGCCUUGUAUAAUUUGGGUGGACUUUACAUGGAUAUGGGCAGAUACCAGCGUGCUUCAGAGAUGUACACGAGGGUACUAAGUGUUUGGCCGAAUCAUUGGAGAGCGCAGCUCAAUAAGGCUGUGGCUUUAUUGGGGGCUGGGGAAACCGAGGAAGCUAAGAAAGCUUUGAAAGAAGCUCUGAAGAUGACUAACAGAGUGGAAUUGCAUGACGCAAUCGCACACUUGAAACAGCUUCAGAAGAAGAGGUUGAAGGGGAAUGGAAGUGGUAAUGGGGAGGAGGCCUUUAUCAUUGUUGAACCCUCGAAAUUUAAGACAGUGGGCGACAAGACCACAUUGAGACCAGAUUUAUCCACUGCUCUUGAUAUUAGAAGUUUUCAGAGGAUUACUCGUCUUAAUCGUUGUGAUGUUGAUCAGAUAAAGAAGGAAAUAGGUGAGACUGAUGUACCAUUGUCUUAUUCUGGUGGUGUACCUGAAAAGUCAAUACGCAAGGCUUCACUAGAGGAGAUUAUGCACAGAUUGCUUAAAUUCUUGAAGCCAGAGACAUUUAUAGGAGCUGUUAAAGCCAUUAACCAGAAAAUUCUCUCUGUUUUAGAUGAGUCAGAAUCAGGUAGGGUGGAUCUAGGCAUGUUUUUUGCCGUUCUUGCUCCUGUCUGUGGAGGAUCACCGGACAAAAGAAAACACAUUGCAUAUGAGGCGCUUUUGUGGCGUCCUGUGAAUGAAGGUAGCAACCAGAUAAGGAAAACUGAUGCUCAGAGGUACAUCAAACUGCUAAGAGCUAUUUAUAUUCCUUCCCAUGGAGCAAGCGAAAUGUUGGAAAUCCACGGGCAGAUGGACACAUCAUUGGUGUCUUUAGCAGAAUUCACGGCGAUGUUUGAUGAUCCUGAUUGGGGUUUUGGUAUUAUGUCCACUUUACUGAAGCUUGAAUAUGGGGAUAGGAAUCGUCAUGGUAGCCAUGUUUGUGCAACUUGCUGCUACCCCAUUAUAGGGUCUCGCUUUAAGGAGAUAAAAUCGCAUUUCAGUUUGUGCAGUCAAUGUUACAGUGAAGGAAAAGUACCACCAACCAGCAAGCAAGAAGAGUAUAGAUUUAAAGAAUAUGCUACUGAAUCCGAGGCAGUGAAAGAUAAGUGCAUGUGGUUUGGAAUCCAUUCUAAAGGCUCCUCAUCUCCUGCUGCUGCUUCCUAGCUAUUCAAGUGUUAAGAUAUCAGAUGUUCAGGGUGUGAAUUACUUUAGCUUAUGAAACAUGUUCUGUGGGCUUUAUGCCUUUGUACAAUAAUCCUUUCAGGUUGUGACCAUCAAUUCUUUGUUUAAAGGCAGUAUUGUAGGGACUUGGUUGGUUCUUUGGGUGCCUUCAUCUUUGUUUUCUGACUCCUUUUAGGGAUUGUAUCUCAUGUAAGUUCAUCAGUGUAAAGUUCUAUGUUCCCCUUGAUUUGUUCAUUUUGUAGUAUUUGUGGCUAUGGAUGGAGUGCAUUGCAUUAUCCAACAAUUGAUUCCAGUUAUUAGCAUAAGAGUGUUUGUUCAUAGA